GUCAGGGAGCUUUGGGAAGGUUAAAGUGAGACGGAGCCGCUCGGUGAGGAUUCGCCUUUUAAAUAUUCAUUCAGUUCUGUAUCGCAGGGACAGUCUGUAAUUCUAUAACACCUCUGUAGACGUAACUAUGCCGUUCGUUGACCUUCAGUCAAAGCUGGGCAUCAACUUGGACAGCUGGAUCCUGACCCAGAGCGGGGAGCAGCCCCAUAGACGAGCCACACGCUGCCAUGCAUUUGAGAAGGACUGGAUAGAAUGCUCACACGGCAUUGGCCAAACUCGAGCUAAACGGGAAUGCAAACUGGAGUUUGAAGAUUUCUAUGAAUGCAUGCACCGUGAGAAGACGUUCCAGCGUUUGCAUGAGAUUCAGAAGCAGAGGGACAAGUUGAUCAAAGAAAAGUCCUACACACCUCCUGCACAUCACACUGGCAAUGAAGAACCUCGGCCGUGAACCCUGGCACGGGAGCACAGCCUGCCAUCUGUCCUCCGCCAGCCACACUGUUACAUAGGCAGUGUGCUUACUCAUUUGUGUAUUAUAAUUAUUAUUGUUUAUCUGUUUCAUUUGGAGUUAAAUAAAGAGUAUUGAUCAUUA